AUGUCUUCCGAAAAAGUCUACCGCUCCGUGCCCCAUGAGGAGGAGGAGGUCGAGAGCCUCGCCGGAAGCCUCAACACGGAGAGCACGGAGAACGUGGACACCGCUGCCGCAGGCUGCCCGACAUGGAGACGGAUGAGGCUCGGCGACGAGCACCCGUGCAAAGAAAAGGCUCGCCGGCUGCUGCGCUACUGGCCCUGGUUCGCCCACGCCGCCCUCUUGACAACGUCCGUCACGCUCUUUGCGGCGUCGGUCUGCCUGCGCUACGGUAACACGCAAGAUGACAGCUUCUAUACCAAGAAGUACUCGUCGUACUCCCCUGCGGCGGGAAUCGUCAAGUACCACACCGAGAGAUACAACUUGACGCCUAUCAUGGACUGGUCACCUUUCGUCGGGGCUGGGUACGAGGUUGACAGAGCGUGGGACCACAUCACGAACAACAUCGGCGACCAGAUGAUCUCUCACUCGGAGCUCACGAAGCUCGGCCUUGACCCCAAGUCGAUCAAGAUCACGAACCCCAUCACGGGUGAGGAGGGGUACCGCGCCGGCCUCGAGGUGUUUCACCAGCUCCACUGCCUCAACCUUCUGCGCAUGUCUACGUACUCCGACUACUACUCGAGAGAAGAGGUCGGCGGCGACGUCGCCACCGAUCCCGAGGACCUGAGAGGACACGUCGACCACUGCAUCGAGGCGCUGCGGAUGAACCUCAUGUGCCAGGCCGACAUUGGCGUCUUCACCUUCAAGAUGUAUCCCGAACUCCCGGUCGAGGGCCACUGGCCCGACUUCAGCACGCUGCACACCUGCCGCAACUUUGAAGACAUCCGGAGCUGGGCGCUGGCCCAUUCCGUGACGUUUGAGGACGAGGAAUAA